AGAGGGCAGCCAUGGCUGCAUAGACAGACAGAGAGAGAGAGAGAGAGAGAGAGAAAGAGAGCAUCGUUGGCGACCCGGAGAUCGAGCAGCCAUUGGAGGAAGACCUUGGAGGAGAGAACCCUAGUUUUCCUUCGAUUCCAGCGCGUUGUUCAUGCUGUGAAGCGGAGCGAGAGUUGAUGGCUGCUGGGCGUGGGAUUUGUGGAUUUGAGGAAGAAAAUGAGUUUUUCGAUUCAAGGGAGGAGUUUUCGUCGACGUCUGGAUCUUGCCCUGGUAGCCCGGGUGUUGGCGGUGCUGAGGAUCUGGGAUUUGGGGUGUGGAGUAUGGAUCCGAGCAGCGUGCAGGAGCGAAGGGAUAGGUUUAUGAGGUGGAUGGGAUUGAAUCCGGCGGAGAGUUCUGGUGUGAGGAAAUUCGUUCCGGAUGUUGAUAGGAUUUGUGAGGACAGUGGGGCUGUGUCGGGGAGCUCUGAUUGCGGUUUGAAUUCCGGCGAGUGUUCCUUGGACAAUGACAGGGAUGUUAGCUCUGAUGAGCUGAUGAUGUCUCUAGCAUUUGAGGGCAAUUCAAGCCCUUCGGUUUUUGUUCAGCAGCUUAUGAGGAGAGAAGAUAGUAAUAAUUCAUCAACAAGUUCCGAGAGAAGUGUAAGGAGGAGGAAGAUGGGGUGGUUGAAGAGAUUGGGUUCUGUUGCUUGCAUUGCAGAUAGAGAAGUGGAGGAGGACAUCAGCUUGAAUUCAUCUGAUUUGGAUAAGAGUUUGAAGGAUAUGAUUCAAAGAAUUAAGGUUCGGCCGUAUCGGAAGCGGGUCAAGGAGUUCUCGGCCGUGUACAUGGGGCAAGAUAUUCAAGCCCAUGAAGGUGCCAUUUUGACUAUGAAAUUCAGCCCUGAUGGACAGUUUCUGGCUAGUGGAGGUGAAGAUGGAGUUGUGCGUGUGUGGCGUGUGAUGGAAUGUGAGCGGAGUGAUGAUGAUGAUUUGCUGGAGGGUGAUCCUUCAUGUGUGUACUUCAGGGUGAACCAGAAUUCUGAAUUGGUUCCCUUAUAUGCUGAUAAGGAGAAAAAGAGCAAGUUUAAGGGUGUGAGGAGAAGUUCGGAUUCAGCUUGUGUUGUUGUUCCUCCCAAUGUUUUCCGGAUAUCUGAGGAGCCGAUCCAUGAGUUCCGAGGGCAUGAUGGAGAUGUUUUAGAUCUCUCAUGGUCGAAGAAUCAGUAUCUGUUAUCAUCAUCUGACGAUAAAACCGUGCGCUUGUGGCGAGUGGGAUUCAAUGGCUGUGUCAAAGUUUUCUCUCACAGUAAUUAUGUGACAUGCAUUCAGUUCAAUCCCAUGGAUGAGAAUUAUUUCAUCAGUGGCUCUAUUGAUGGUAAAAUUCGUAUUUGGGAUAUUUCAAGAUGCCGUGUUGUUGAUUGGACAGAUGUUAAAGAGAUAGUCACUGCAGUGUGCUACCGCCCUGAUGGGAAGGGAGGAGUAGUUGGCACAAUGACAGGGGAUUGCCGCUUUUAUGACACAUCAGAUAAUCAACUCCAACUGGAUGCCAAAGUUUCCUUCCAGGGUAAAAAGAAGUCAGUUGACAAGCGGAUAACUGGCUUUCAGUUCUGUCCAAGUGAUCACCAGAAACUAAUGGUUACCUCGGCGGACUCACAAGUUCGAAUCCUUGAUGGUGUUGAUGUUAUCUCCAAAUACAAGGGUCUUCGAAAUGCUGGGAGUCGGAUAUCAGCAUCAUUUACCUCAGAUGGGAGGCAUAUCAUUUCCGCCAGUGAGGAUUCAAAUGUGUAUGUAUGGGCACAUACCAACCAGGGUGCACCCACAUCCCAUCAGGCAAAGAGCACCUGGUCUUGUGAGCGUCUCAUUUCUGGGAACGCAUCUGUUGCAAUACCGUGGAAUGGUCUCGAAUCCAGAAACCGAGUUUCUUUCACUUCUGAAGCCAUCUCUGAAGCUUCCAGUGUCCAGAACGGAAUGCAAGAACCUGAUUCAUCAGGCAGCAGCAACACCGUCUACCUCUCACCGUCCGGUAGUUUCACUCUGAGCAAUGAAUUCUUCUCAGAUUUUCUACCAAAAGGUUCAGCAACUUGGCCAGAGGAGAAGCUCCCUCCGAGCACCAUAACUGCCACUUCCUUGUGUAAAUCCCAGUACAAAUUCCUAAAGUCAUCUUGCCAGUACACAUCUCACGCCUGGGGGCAAGUGAUUGUGGCAGCUGAUUGGGAUGGUCGGAUUCGUUCAUUCCAGAACUACGGAUUGCCGGUGCAUACAUGACUUUAUGCUUGAUUCCUUUUUUCCGGGACUCAAUACUAGAGCCUCAGAUGCUCGACGGCCCUCUAUGUACAUUUCGGCGUGCCCGUUGAGAUCUCCACAGCAUCAACCAAUGAUGGUGGCUGGCAUAGUCAAGUGGAUAUCUCUGUAGAGUUGUGCAGAUAAAAAGAGAUCGGAUUUCAGGGAGUCGGGUGGUUUUUAAGCGUCGCCCCCCGUCUUCCAGAGGUACAUAUUAGUAUUACAUUGUGUAACAAAUGACGACGAUUAGCUCUUGUAAAGCAUCCACAUCACUGUUGAAUCCAGUGCUAAUUGUAUCAUUAGUUACAAAAUUUUUCAUAUCGAUAGAUAUAAUAUAAUAUAUAUACAAAAAAAAAAUUCAUUCAUU